AUGUGUUGGGCUAUAUGGCAUGCUAGAAACCAGCUCUCCUUUAAUAAAAAUGACAUCCCAGUUGAUUAUGUGAUAGCUCUAAGCCAACGGACGCUGAAAGAGUUCAUGGAAGCUAAUAAACGUCCACAGGAAAAAUCCAGUUUUCAACGUACUCAAUGGUCAAGACCGGCGACGAACCGGAUAAAACUCAACACCGACGCGGGCUCAACAAAAGAUGGUAAUUGGGGUUUUGGCAUGGUGUGCAGAGACCAAGAUGGGGAAAUUAUUGUGGCUGGAAAUAAAAUCUGUCAAGCAGGUAUUCAUAUUGUGGAAGGGGAAGCUCAAGCGUUACUAUGGGGACUGCAGGUGGCGAAGAAUUGCUCAAUUAGAAGGUUGGAGGUGGAAUCAGAUUGCUCUCAGUUAAUCUCAGCUUUAAACCAUAAUCUUGAAUACCUUAAUGAACUGGGACCUAUUUUGGAUGAAAUAAAGGAUACUGCAAUGGGCUUUGAUGAAAUUAGAUGGAGUCAUUUACCCAGGCAAGCAAAUAGCUUAGCGCAUAAGAUAGCAGCAGAUGCAAAUGUGGCAGAAGGCAUGGUGUGGAUUGAAGAGCUUCCUCAACAAUGGAUUCACAUUUGGAAUGAAGAUUUAAUCAAUAGUGUUAGUAGCAGUAGUUAG